GUCCCUAGUGGGUAGUAGAAGAAAGAAGAGAGUUGACACUUGCCACUCUCCCUCAUCAACAACUAACACUUGCCACUUGCCACUUCACCACAUCAUACAUUACUAUUUCAUCUAUAUCCUUUUCUCCCAACCUCCCCUGCUAUAUAUUUACUUCCAUGCACUUUUUAUUCUCCUCUUCAUCAUUCUAAUUUCGAACACAAUGUCCACCAGAAGAUCCUCUUCCGCUGCUCCAACUUCCGCCGGGAUGACCGAUGCUCAAAUCACCGAUCUCGUCUCCAAGUUGCAACAACUCAUCCCUCAGCUCCGCUCUACGCAUUCCGACAAGGUUUCUGCGGCAAAGGUGUUACAAGAGACUUGUACCUACAUUAAGACCUUGCAUAGAGAGGUUGAUGAUCUUAGCGACCGAUUGUCCCAGCUUUUGGCCAACACAGACUCAAAUACCGCACAAGCAGCCAUUAUUAGGAGCUUACUUAUGUAAUAAUAAUGCUACUACUACUAAUAUAUAAUUAAUUAUUAAUCAUAGAGUUAGUUAAUUAGCAUUUUUUUUUAGUUACUACUCCUUCUCUGCUCUCUGCAUGUGUGUCCCAUUAGUAGUACACUACUGCUUUAAUUUAUUAUUAUCAUCAUCCUCUCUUCUUAGUAUAGGGUUUGCUGCUGUUUUUUUAGACCUAAGCAAAAGGCUACUACCAUGGGCUCCAUCUUAUUAGCCCCCACCCUAGUUUUUUUUAUCACAAACUUUGUAUGUAAUAGCAAUGACUUUGAUCGGAAUAUAUAUUAUUAUUGCCUUAAAUAAAA